AUGAUAAAGAAGAACAGACAACCGACACGUAUAAAAGUGAUUAUUCUGAUAACAAUUUGCACAAACUUCUCUGUGCUAAAAUCUACUGGAGCUCGAGGAGAAGGAAACUUGGAGGCAUCAUUUACUGGGGGAUCCCGUCCUCCCAAUCAGGCUGAAUUGUGUAAUAAAAAGGUCAAUCCUAUCGUUAAUAUUGUGGAUUUAUCCUCUGAUGAUGAACUCAUCAAGAGUGUGGAUUCCAGGACUGCAAAAAGGUUGCGGACUAGAAAAUGUAAAGUUGUGGCUUACACGAAUUCUCCCAAACCUAACAGGAAGCAGGUUGUGGUUAGGCCUGUAAAGUCUUUGAGCAAAGUGAAUGUUGCCCCCAAGAAGAGAAAGAUUAGGAAAGAUACUGAAUCUGAUGAUAAUGUUGGUGAUGCUCAAGACAUCACACAUGUAAAGAAAACUGUAUCCAAGCAGUCAUCUGUGAAAGUUCCAGACGCUCUCAUGGAUAACAUCUCCUUUCAUUCUGUUGACAGUGUAGACAGAUGGAGAUUUGUGUAUCAAAGAAGGAUUGCCCUGAAGAGAGAACUGUGUCAGGAUGCUCUUAAAAUCAAGGAGAUUAUGGACCUAAUUUCUGCUGUUGGGCUCAUUAAAACUAAAGCUGAUUUUGCUAAAUGCUAUGAGAGUAUGGUUAAGGAAUUUGUUGUGAACAUUCUCGUGGACUGUGCUAUCCCUGGAAGCCAUAAUUUUAGGAAAGUCUAUGUAAGAGGUAAACGUGUUCACUUCUCCCCUGCGGUGAUCAACAAGUAUUUGGGAAGAAGUGAGGACGAUGGAUGUGACCUGGAGGUGACUGAUAAUCAAGUCUGUAGAGAGAUCAUUGUAAAUCAAGUCACUACUUGGUCAAUGAGAGGCAACAUGUCUACUAGUCAACUCAGUGUGAAAUAUGCAAUACUGCACAGGAUUGGAGCUACCAAAUGGAUUCCCACCAAUUAUAAUUCAACAGUGGCAGUUGGAUUGGGGAAGUUUCUCUAUAUUUGGGUACCAAAAGUAGCUUCGACUAUGCCUGCCGGGACUGGGAUCGGUAAUGCAACUGAAGGAGCUCCUGGUGCACAGGAAUCUGAUGACCGUGCAGAGGGUCGGACCUCUGAGAAAACUGCUACUGAAGAUGAUAGUGCUUCUGGUUCUGGUUCUGGUUCUAAUGAGGAAGAUUGA